AUGCCAGCCCAUAAAUCAUCGACCACCUUCAAGCUCUCCACUGGUGCCUCCAUUCCAGCCGUCGGAUUAGGCACCUGGCAAUCGUCUCAAAGCGAAGUCUACGACGCCGUACUUGCUGCCCUCGAGUCAGGUUACAGACACAUUGACACCGCAUAUGCCUACUUGAAUGAGGAAGCAGUUGGCAAAGCUAUCAAGGACUCCGGCAUCCCAAGAGAACAGAUCUUCGUCACCACCAAGUUAGCUGCGGUCCAACAGCUCGACCCCACCAGCGCAUUGAACGACUCGUUGAAGCGUUUGGACUUGGACUACGUGGACUUGUACUUGAUGCAUUGGCCAGUCGCGCUGAACCCCAACAACAAGAGUCACCCAUUGAUCCCAAUCUUGCCAAAUGGUGACCGUGAUGUGCUUCAUGACUUCGAUUUUAUCGAUUCGUACAAGGUUUUACAAGAAUUGGCUGAUCAAGGCAAAACCAAGGCAAUUGGUGUGUCCAACUUCUCUAUCAAGAACUUGACCAGAUUGCUCGAGCAUCCUUCAACCACUAUCAAACCUGUGGUAAACCAAGUCGAACUCCACCCAUACUUGCCCCAAAACGAGUUGCUUGAGUUCACCAAGAAGCACGAAAUUCUCUUGGAAGCUUACUCUCCUUUAGGAUCAACUAACUCUCCCCUCUUGACAGAUGAAACUAUCGUCAAGAUCGCUAAGAAUCACAACGUCUCCCCAGCCACUAUCUUGAUCAGUUGGGCAGUCUGGAGAGGCACAGUUGUGUUGCCAAAGUCCGUGACUCCCUCUAGAAUCGAGAGCAACUUCCUCGUCGUCGACUUGACCAGUGAGGAAGGAAAGCAAUUGGACAACAUCCACAAGGAGAAGGGAAUCAAGAGAUUAAUCAAUCCUAAAUGGAGUAAGAUAGACGUCUUCACUGAAGUUUAG